AUGACUGCAGAAUACAAACGCAUUCGGCUCGUCCGACUCGCCCAUGUCUACUAUACACAUCGAGACCUCGUGGCAGCGUCUGAGUUCCUGACAGACUUCGGUUUCCAGGAAUGCGCCCAGGCGUUCUCACAAACCGGACCAAGAACGAUCUUUUAUCAUGGCACAGAUACCCAACAGCCAUUCGUGUACUGUGCACGUGAAGGCCAUGAAGACGCUUUUGGUGGCGCCGCGUUCGUCGUUGAGUCGCGCGAGGACCUAGAGUACGCCGCUAAGACCCUGCCUGGGGCAACUGGGGUUGUUAAUAUGGAUUUGGACGAGGGGAAUGUCCCCGGGGGUGGCUUUCGUGUCACCUUUACGGACCCGAUUGACGGAUUCCCCUUUCAUCUGGUUUGGGGACAGAGAGGCAUCGAGGGGGCGGGGGACAAAGGCAAUUUGCCGGCUCUGCAAUACAACUUGCCUACCGAGAAGAAUCGACCGCGUAAUAGUACUCAGAGAUUCAAACCAGGUGCGAAACUCCAUACUCUUACUAGCCCAGCCCCGGUGCACAAGCUUGGGCACUUUGGAAUGUGUGUGACAGAUUUUGCGCGCGCCUACGAGUUUUACACGACCAGGUUCAACUUCAAACCUAGCGACAUGAAAGGCAAAGACAUAACUACCUUCCUGCACCUCGACCGUGGCCGCGAGCUCGUUGACCACCACUGCUUCUUUUUCUUUGAGGGGCCCAAGUGGCAUGUCCAUCAUUCAUCGUUCGAAACGCACGACUUUGACACACAACUUCUAGGCCACCAUUGGCUGCGGGAGAAGGGCUACAAGAAUUGCUGGGGGGUCGGGAGGCAUAUUAUGGGAAGUCAGAUCUUCGAUUACUGGUUCGAUCCGUCCGAGUUCAUUGUCGAACACUACGUUGAUGGGGAUCUGGUUGAUGAGACUUAUCCGAUCCAUAGGAGCCUUGCUUCACCGGACAGCUUGCAUGUUUGGGGACCUGAUCUUCCGGAUGGAUUUCUAGCGUAA